AGGAACAGGAUUUUAGCGACAACACGCAAGACUGAAAGACGACGAGGAGAAACAACUUAUUUAUUGUAAACAGAGUCCAACUUUUAAAUACGCGAUGCACUCAUGGUCGCUGAUUUGUGGAUGAAGAGUUAGCUGUCAGAGUAACAUGAAACGUAUUUACUGAGCCAGUUUGUCUUCAGCCACUGCUCGCACAAAGCAUUGGCGUGCAUGUGACCAGCGGAUGUGACUGACCCGUUAUUAUGGAAACAGAAGAUGAAAUUAUUCCCAUUUGGCAGAACAAGCCUCAUGGGUCUGCCCGCAGUGUUGUCAGGAGAAUCGGUUCCACUCUUCCACUCAAACCUCCACAGCGGGCAUGUUUCCAGGAAUUACCAGGCCUCCCUCCUUUGCGUUCUGUGGAUGGCCCAAUGGUUCCUACUUUAGCUGACAUAGCCUGGAUUGUUGCAGAUGAAGAAGAGACUUAUGCUAGAGUUCGGAGUGACACACGUCCUUUAAAACAUGAGUGGCGGCCUACUCCGCUCCUGGUGCUCCACAGGAACUCGUCUGUCCCCAACUUCCGCCGUGAGGGAAAAAAGAUGGAGGGCUUAAGGAAACCCGGAGUGACUGCACUGAACCGGACUACCGCCCUGCAGGAUGAGCUCAGCAAACUCCGUGCACAAAUCGCCAAGAUUGUUGCAAGUGAUUCUGGCUCAAACCCCCUGACCCCUGACCUGCUCUCUCCCAAUGACACAAGUAUGAGCUUUUCUAUGGCGCCCUUUGAGACGGCAUCCUACCAGCCAGCUUCUACAGCUGCCGCGUCCUUUGUCAUCAGUGAUGUCACAGAAGAGGAGGAAGAAGAGGAGGAGGAGGAAGAUGAGAAAGAUGCGGUCUCAGUGGUGUCCGAGUUGGUCCCCGACCCUCUGCCGCCUGUCUCCAUGACGGCAUCAGCAACCUUUGACCUGGACAGGCCGAGCAAGGACUUCAAGCAGGCAGAGGAGGAUACAGUGUCUCUGUCCAAGUCCACCAGCUUUGCUGACGUCAUGGAUAUCCUGAAAGACAUGAACCGCAUGAAGAUGAACAAAGACAGGUAUAACAGAGGCUGCAUGUCUCUCAGAGAGGAAGACUCAGCCUCUCUGAUAUCUGAAGCUCUGAGAAAAAAGUUUGUCCUGAAGGAAGAAGAUAGCGCCACUUUGAAAAGGAAGUAGUUUCAAAAUGACCCAAUCACCUGCUCCAUGCCUUUACCUGUGGAAUUUGUCACCAAGGAUCCCCAGCUUUGCUCCUUUGAUCCAAAUUAGAGAAAACGUGUUUUCUGAAAACCAAACAUGAACUUGUUAGUGCCGGAGUGGUACAAGCAGGGAGCAACAAACGCCUGAUGGUAUUGUCAUCACUGACCACAUGUGAUUUCUGGUUUUGUGAAAAAAGACUCUUAUUCUUUUUGUGUGUGUGUGUGUGUGUGUCUUGACCGACUGUCCCACUGCUGUUCAGUCUGUUUGUGAUGGCUGUUAAAGGUGCAGUUCUGUAUUAUGUUGCAGCAUAGUGCUGAAUGGGCUCACUUCCAUAACAUCACUACUAUAUGAAUGCCCCUUUAAGGAACAUUCAUAUAAAAACAAGUUUCCUGCCUAAAUGCUUUUUUUUUUUUUUUUUUUUUCCUUCUGUUAAGUUUUCUUGAAAGGGGACAGAAGUCACCUCAUGUACUUGAAAACCUCCAGGAAAGUGGAGUCGUGCAGAUGCAUUGUAGUUGUCGGUAUGCAUGAGCAAAAUAACCUCAGAGCUUUGCCGUUAAAUUUUCCACUACAUCACUGAGAGUACAAAUGUUCACAGCAUCGUUUGCAUAGUUUGCUCCGCCGUACCUGCAAAAGCUAUGCCUGUCCUUCAUUUGUGAGAAAUGUGUAUCGUCAUCAAACAAUGCAGUCAUUUUAAAACCAGAACAAUAAGUUUGACAUGGUGUGAAGAGUGGAUUUAGUGUUUUAGGAACUAUGGAGUUGUUUUUUUUUUUUGUUUGUUUGUUUUUGGACAUGUCAUGAUGUAUGCAAGUAAAAUGAGCAUUUUGUUCUUUUUACAGCUGUUUUUCCCAUGUGACUCUGUGCAGGUCUUUUAAAAUGCAGAUAUUCCCGUGGUGUACAAUGUGCCGCUUUAUGAUGGUGUGAGUUUAGUUAAUGGAGAGAUGUAUAAAUAUCAGAACAGUUUAGGAUUAUUGUGUAUGUGUGUGUGUGAGACUCGUGUUGAAACUUUUUUGACGCCUUACAGCGGAUCUUGUUGCCUGAUUUAUUCCACACACUGUUUCACGUGCCAUACGUUUGACCUCACCCCUGCUGCCUGUUCAGAAUGUUUUUGUUUUUUAAUUUGUUUUCUAAUUGCAUUCACCUUCCUCAGAUUUAAGAUUCCGAUGUUUUCAGACAUAAGUUAACCGUGUUCAAUCUGUUGCUGAAUGUGUGUUUAAAAAAACAAAACAAAAUCCUCUUCAGAAGACUGUUUCCACAGCAAAUGUGUAGUUGGUUUUCCAGAAUAAUUUACUGACUUUAUUCUGAACUUCUCACAUUACUACAUGUAGGGUUUUUAUUUUAUUUUAUAUUACAUCUUCUAAAUAAAAGAUGACCUGACAGUUU